GCAAAGUAAUUCUGGAGGCAGUCAUACUGACAACAGCGGUAGUGAUUAGUCUGACAUUAUACACCUUCUGGGCGGCUAAAAGAGGCCAAGAUUUCAACUUCCUGGGACCUUUUUUGUUUGGUGCUCUUAUUGUUCUUCUGUUGUUUUCCUUCAUCCAGAUUCUUUUCCCUCUGGGUAAGAUCUCAGUGAUGAUCUAUGGGUGUCUUGCGUCGAUCAUAUUCUGUGGGUACAUUGUCUAUGAUACAGACAAUCUAAUCAAGCGGUACACUUAUGAUGAGUACAUCUGGGCUGCUAUAUGCUUGUAUCUAGACGUUAUCAAUUUGUUCCUCUCUUUGUUGUCCAUCUUCAGGGCUGCUGACAAUUAAAGAGUUAAAGAGAGGAAUACCUAAUAAUAAUUUCUCUCUGCAUGUGUGUGAAAGUUCUAUUAUUUGUUUCCUUUCUCCUAGUUUUCCCCCUCUCUUUUGUUGUGGAUGGUUUGCUUAUUGAUAAUUGUAUAGAACCGUUUUCUUAGUUGGAAGAAGUAGAACUGUAUCGAUUUUACCAAAGAUGACAUCCAUUGAUUGGGGUUCCUCUAA